AUCACAUUCACCUCCACACACACACACACAUAUACACACACUGUUGUGAGGACUGAGGAGAGAGAAAGCUGUGGUGGAGAGAGAAUUGAAGCCUUCUAUGCCAUGGAGACUGCAAUUAUUGGCAGACUAUCUCUCUCACCCAACCAUGUAAUUAAUCGCAACUCAGGGGAUAGACAUUAUUUUUAUAAAGGAUUGUGCAACCACCGUGGCUUGCUUGUGCCUGUGUCAGCUACUGGAUCUUCUAAGGGAGGAGUAUUAGACAGACCUGUAAUAGAGAAAACAAAUCCUGGACGUGAAUCUGAGUUUGAUCUGAGGAAAUCAAGAAAAAUAUCUCCUCCAUAUCGUGUAUUACUGCACAAUGACAACUUUAACAAAAGGGAAUAUGUUGUGCAAGUCCUGAUGAAGGUUAUACCGGGAAUGACAGUUGACAUUGCAGUCAAUAUCAUGCAAGAGGCACACCACAAUGGCAUGGCAGUGGUAAUUAUAUGUGCUCAGGCUGAUGCUGAAGAUCACUGUAUGCAGUUGAGAAGCAACGGGCUUCUGAGCUCUGUUGAACCCGCAGGUAGUGGAUGCUAAAAGGAGAGCGAGAGAGAGCCCGUCCUUGUGGUUGUGGCCAGGUCGACAUAGUUGUAUAAUGGUCGUUAAAAAUGACAUCUACAUGUGUAUAUAUUUGUCACAGUAGCCAUUGUCUAUGUGAAUCUUGGUUUAUGCUGUGGUAAAUUUUAGACGAGAAAGUUAUUAAUACAUAAUAAUGCUUUUCACUUA